AUGUCGGCAAACGCUGCACCUAUAACAGCUACAGAUAGCUUAUCGCAAGCUUUAAAAGCGAACAUUAUACCAAAUCAGGAAUACUUACUUCAGGGCUCAGUGUUGGACUCGGCAGUAGAAGUUUUACUUCACCGAUUACGUGGUCUUUGUGACAAUGUUGAUGCUGGGCCAGAAACAUUUGAUGACCAGGAAGUGUGUUUCAGUCUACGGGAUCCUAAUCAUUAUCAGGCUCCCCCUCUCAUGUUGCGUGUUCGUAAAGCAUUAGAUGCUCGAGACAUGCCAUUUCAGUUACGAUACAUUGGGCAGCCUGAUUUGGGGGACAAAAAUAGGCCAACAGUUGUCCGUUCCAGUCUUGAUAUAGCCUGCAGUGGAAUGCUCAUUGAAUUUUUAAAUGAGCUAGGAUGCCGAAUUGAAUUUGAAUACAGUGUAAAAGGUUACAUGUUUAGAAAAGGUCGUAUGAAAAUUACUGUAGCAAAAGUGUUUAAGAUUUCUCAAAAUUCAAUGCCACCUGAACCUAUCUCACAGAGCUAUCUUGUGGAGCUUUCUGUUCUUGCACCACAAGGCCAGGACGCUAUCGGCGAGGAUAUGCGAGCCUUCGCCGACCAACUCAGGCCUCUAGUGCAGCUCGACAAAAUCGACUACAAGAGACUCGGGCACAUGUCGGUUUCAUAGCCCAUGUUCCUAACUCAGAACUUACUUUAACAAUUUGAGCAACAGUCUGGUGAAAUGAAGAAAAAUAGACAAAUUUUCUACGACAAUAUUCGAUUGAUAAAUGUAUAUAAAUACAAUACUCAUUUCAAACAAAUUUAAGAUUAUUCCAAGAGAAAACUACGGCAUCCAUUUUCAAUUAAUAUACGCUACAUUUUACAAAACUUUGUAUUCGUAAUCUCGUAACUAAAAUAUAAUAUGCACCGAUUACUUUCAAUUUCUAUUUCUAAGAAUAGCAUUUACUCCUCAAUAGUCU